AUGAAGUUUGGAAAGUAUAUUGAGCACGAACUCGUACCAGGUUUGUUUACGCUCUCGCCUACAUAUGUUACUGACUUUUUAGUCGACGACGAAUUGUAUCAGUUACAUCCAGCCUUUUCGGACUUUCUUCGUAACCAAAUAGCCAAGGUUGAGUCCUUUUAUGAGUCUCUUAUACGUGAUGCCGAGGAACGGCGUGAACUUAUCAUUGACCAGGCUGAUGUCUACUCGAAACUCGAUCUCAUGCGAAAGCACGGCGAUUUUCAGAAGUCAGAGAAUGUGGUACUUUUAAGACGUGUAGAGCCUCCCUGGAAGCGAUUGCUUCGCAGGCUAACACAACGUGUGCAUUUACAAAAGCUUCCAAGAUUUGCAACUCGUCAAACAGAUAUUCCCAGUGAUGCAUACUCUCCCCGAAUGAGCCAGAAAAAGCUUCACCAAAAGCUAAAAUCGGCUCUUUCGGAUUACUAUGAUUUCCUCAGUCUUGUAUCUCAAUACCAAACUUUGAAUCUCACUGCAUUUCGCAAGAUUUUAAAGAAAUAUGACAAAACAUUUGACACGUUUCUUCAGGAACCAAUUAUGCGCAAAAAUGUAGAUCAACAGGCGUUUGCUGACAAUUCGCAUGUUGAGAGUUUACAGCGUGCCACAACGGCGCUUUAUGCGCGUCUAUUUACCCACAAUGACCUGAAGAAGGCUGCGGACAGAUUACGUUCGGUCCGACUUCAAAGGUCGUAUUCCUCAAUUAGUAUGCGUGCCGGCAUACUGUUGGGUGCGGGCGUGGUGCUGUCGAUAGAGGGUUUGUGCUAUUAUCAAUCAAACGAGAGAGAGGCGUACUUGUUGCAAAUCUGGGGUGGCUUCUUCCUGUUAAUUUUUGGCUUCUUGUGUUUUUGCGUCAAUUGUUUUAUUUGGCAGACGAAGCGCAUUAACUAUGUUCUUAUUUUCGAAUUUAACAUGCGAAAAACACUCGAUUGGCAUGAAUACCUAGAGCUUGUCAGCGUGCUCUUCUUUCUUUUCUCCUUAUUCUUUUGGCUAUCUUUGCGCAAUUUCUUUCCCGGCUUCACCAUCUACUUUCCGGUACUUUUCUUAGGCAUCGUGUUCAUUCUUUCGCUGUUGCCGAUUCGUCGUUUUUUUGGAAGCACGCGUCUGUUUUGUUAUCGCAGCUUGUUUCGUAUUCUGCUUUCUGGCUUGUUCAGUGUUUGCUUUGUCGACUUCUUCUUCGCUGAUCAGUUAGUGAGUUUGGCAUAUGCAAGCGGAAAUAUUGCCUUGUUCUUUUGCUUGUAUGCAAAAAAAUGGAAUGACCCUGCUUCAUGUAACUCAUCACAUUCGCCCUUGAUGGGCUUCUUCACCACAUUACCAUAUAUCUUCCGUUUCCUGCAAUGCAUUCGCCGUUUUGCAGACACUGCGCAGAGUUUUCCACACUUGGCAAACAUGCUCAAAUACACUUUUGGCAUGCUAUCACAAGUUUUUCUCAGCUUGUGGCGCCGUUUCUCGUCGAGACGUUACUACAUUACAUAUCUAGUAUUUGCUGCUCUGAACGCUAUAUACUCCUACAUAUGGGAUGUUGUCAUGGAUUGGUCCCUUAUUCAACGCAAGAAUCGAAAAUGGGGUUUCCGUCCGAAUAGGGUUUAUGGCGGGUUGAUCAUUUACAUCAUAGCCAUGAUUUUCAAUGCUAUCAUCCGCUGUGCAUUCAUCUUUUAUGGCAUUUUCCCUGGCCACAUCCAACAUUCUUCCAACGUCAGUUUUUUCAUGUGUUUUGCUGAGGUUAUACGGCGUUCCGUUUGGAAUCUCUUCCGUUUGGAGAAUGAAGAGAUAUACAAUCGGGAGAACUUUCGUGCAGCGAGGGAUACUCAACUUCCGGAUCUUAUUCGGCCCAAAGUGCAUGAUCAACGUGACAAAACCAUCAGUGGAGCACAUGCUCAAGAUUUUGAAAGACAUUCCGUUGUAUAUAGUGACGAUGGCACAGAAAUGACUGAGAGGACGGACGACGAUUAG